AUGUCAGAGAAACAUUUUGAAACUAAACAAACCCCUGAUCUGACAAAGCUCCACCCGUUCUGUGACUCACCCAAACAAGUCACUUCACUAAGAGAGAAAAUGGCUUACCGAGCAGAGGAGGAUCUCUCCUGUUCUGUCUGCUAUGACAUCUUUAAAGAUCCUGUUGUCCUGUCAUGUUGCCACAGCUUCUGUAAAGCCUGUUUGCAGAGAUGGUGGAGAACGAAGCAAACACGUGAGUGUCCAAUUUGUGAGCAAAUAUCUUCACAAAGUGAACCACCUGUUAGUCUGGUGUUAAAGAACCUGUGUGAGGCCUUCUUACUGGAGAGAGAUCAGAGAGCUUCAGCAGGGUCUGAGGCUCUCUGCAGUCUGCACUCUGAGAGACUCAAACUCUUCUGUCUGGACCAUCAGCAGCCAGUGUGUCUCGUCUGUCGAGAUUCAAAAACACAUAAAAAGCACAGAUUCAGACCCAUCGAUGAAGCUGCACCGGAUCACAGAGAGGAGCUCCAGAACUCCCUGAAGUUCUUACAAAAAAAACAGAAACUCUUUAAAAAAAUUAAAGCAAACUGUGAUCAAACAGCAGAAUACAUUAAGGUCCAGGCCAGAAACACAGAGAGGGAGAUUAUAAAGCGGUUUAAGGAGCUACAUCGGUUUCUACAAGAGGAAGAGGAGGCCAGGAUCACUGCUCUGAGGGAGGAAGAGGACCAAAAGAGGCAGAUGAUGAGGGAGAAGAUUGAGGCUCUAAGGAGUGUGAUAGCAGAUCUUUCGGACACAAUCAGAGCCACAGAGGAGCAGCUGAAAGCUAAAGACGUCUCACUGAAAAAAAAAAUUAUAAAUAAAAUCGAAUUCCUGCAGAACUACAAGGCUGCAGUGGAAAGAAUCCAGCAGCGCCCCCUGCUGGAUGAUCCAGCGCUGGUCUCAGGAGCUCUGAUAGACGAGGCCAAACACCUGGGCAACCUGACCUUCAACAUCUGGAACAAGAUGAAUGAGAUGGUCUCCUACACUCCUGUGAUUCUGGAUCCAAACUCUGCUCAUCCACACCUCACCCUGUCUGCAGAUCUGACCAGUGUGAGAUGUGGACAGAGAGAGAAGCUUCCUGAUGAUCUAGAAAGGUUUGACUGCUGUCACUCUGUCCUGGGCUCUGAGGGCUUUGACUCAGGGACUCACAGCUGGGAUAUUGAGGUUGGAGACAGUACAGACUGGACAGUGGGUGUGGCAGCAGAUUAUGUCCAGAGGAAGGGAGAGUUGAUAUCUGGAUUAUGGCUAGAGUUCUGUAAAGGUGAAUAUUCAGUAAGCUCACUACCAGAAUUAUCAACCACUCUUAUUUUGGAGAAGAAGCUCAAGAGGAUCAGAGUUCAUCUGGACUGGAACAGAGGAAAACUGUCAUUCUCUGAUCCUGAUACCAACACACACAUACACACCUUCACACACACUUUCACUGAGAAGAUGUUUCCAUACUUUCAAACUUGUAAUCAACUGCCACUGAAGAUAUUACCAGUUAAGUCUCAGAAGAUAUUUGCAUCUAAGUCUCUGUAAACAGUGUAACAGGUAUGAAUAGAGGUGGCUAGUUUGAAGAUGAUUCAGGUGGUGACUACACAAAGUACAUAAUUGUCUAUCGUCUAUCUAUAUUAUCUACCUUAUCUAUCUAGACACAGAAAAUGUCAGCUUCUGAAGCUACGAGAAAAACAUGUUUUAAAACUCUCGUAGUGUCUGGGACACGAUAAGAAGUAGACACGUCUCUGAACUGCGAGGAACCAUCGAGACAAACACGAGCACCGAGUCUGUGACAACUUGAGGGUUUCUGUCUCUAAGAAAUUUGUCUGGGACAGGCAAGUCUGGUAGUCUGCACUAGAUCUCAGUGGCCAUGUGUUUAAACAACAAAUGAUCCCAAAGCUCUGAUGUUAGUGUUUCUUUAUUUUCUUUAUUUUUUAGAUUUAAAUAUGAGAUUUUUUUGUAUUUCUUAUAUAAUCUGAAUAUUUGUAUAUAGUUAAUAUUUUUGUAGUCAUUUCAUGGUUUUAGCAACUGUUUAACCUUGUGUAUCAUCUGUGUACAAAUGUGCCUUUUGAUCAUUGGUACAACUCACACAAAACAAUGUUGUAGUUGAUGUUCUGUGUUGUAGGCUAAUAAUAUAUGAAAUAUUGUAUAUUAAUAAUGAUAAUACAUUUGAGUUUUAUGCUCUAAGUAUUAUUUAUAGUAGUUCAAUUUGACCAGUGUAAACAGUGUUCAUAUUAAUAAUCUCUGGAGAAAAGAUUAUAUGUACAUUUUUUUGUGAGUCUUUCAUCAGAUAUCAAGUUUAGUUUUGCUGUAAAAAGUAAUGGGUUUAUGGAUAACUGUAUCUUGGGUUAUGAUUGGUGUAUUUUACAUUUUGUACAUUUUAUAAUCAUAUAAUCAGUAUGCCUCAUACAUGAGGGGGGCCAAAUAUUCAAAACACCUUUCAAUUUAAUGCACUCCAGUACAACACCACCACGCACUACAACCUCAAUAAUAAAAUUAAUAGAAUUAUCACCUUUCUAACAGUGUAAAAAAAAAUUAUGAGCUUCGUAAAAGUAGAAUUCAUGCCAGAGCUGUUGUAUUGACUUGCAUCAGAUUGUACAGGUGUACCUAAUAAAGCGCCUAGUAAGUGUAGAUAAACCUUUUAAUCAUACAAAUACUGUUUGGAGGCCUAAUCUGAUGAAAUGUUAUCUCAGGCUCUUUAACCCAGCAAUGUCUGCUAUGUCUCCUAUUAGAGUUUAUUUCCCACGAUUCUCUGUAUUCAGAUUGGAAACAACAACAGCUAAACUGUGUUCAUCAGUCAGUAUCUCUAUAUGUCUCUGAUCAUCUGUCUGUUGGAUUUCUCAUUUGUUACUGAAAUCAGUAACAGUGGCUGCCUGGUUGCUGAUUGGCCCACUGGACCCGCCAUUAGUCUACUUCACCCAGUGAAAAAUGUCAGAGAAACAUUUUGAAACUAAACAAACCCCUGAUCUGACAAAGCUCCACCCGUUCUCUGACUCACCCAAACAAGUCAGUAAACAGAGACCGUUAUUCUUCUUCUGAGAGGACGCACUGAUGAACACUGAGAGACUCAGUGCUUUAUGUCUGGGAUUUUUCAG